AUGAAGGCAGAUGCCACCGGGAUUGAGGACCUCGAGGGUGAAAAACAGCAUGGAACCCUGGUUUUCUGCAACCAGGAGAAUGAGUGGGUGAGGGAAGAGGUUGCGCCACAGCCGCUCUUUGAGCAGCAGGCGCCCCGGCGUUGCGCGGAGGGGCCCUCGGGCCGGCAGUGCAGCCAGCGGUCCAGCGGCCCGGGCGCAGCGAGGGCCCCGGUGAGGGCGGGCGGAGCCGGAGCGCGCACCCCCACCGCGCACCCCCCGCGAGCCCAGCGCGCGCACGGAGGCGGGGCGGCACUCGCGCGCGCGGCCGGGACCCGGCGGCGGCGUGCGCGGGCGGCGCGUGCGCGCUGCGGCGGGGCGAGGGGCGGCGCGGGCGCGAGUCUGUCAGUGACAGCGGGAGGGGAGGGGGCCGGAGCUGGUGGCGGCGGCGGCCGCGGCUCUUCCGACAUGAAGCGGCGGCAGCGGGAAGGACGGCGGCGGCCGCGGCCCGCGGCGGCGGCUCUAGGCUCCGGGAACCCCGGCCCGGGAGGGCGCGCGGUGCGCGGCAACAUGGCCUCCCCGCCCCACCAGCAGCUGCUGCAUCACCACGGCACCGAGGUGAGCUGCGACUCCAGCGGGGACAGCAACAGCGUGCGGGUCAAGAUCCACCCCAAGCAGCUCUCCUGCAACAGCCACCCCAAGCACUGCAAGUACAGCAUCUCCUCCAGCUGCAGCAGCUCGGGGGACUCCGGGGGUCUGCCCCGGAGGGUGGGGGGCGGCGGCCGCCUGCGCCGGCAGAAGAAGCUGCCCCAGCUGUUUGAGCGCGCUUCCAGCCGCUGGUGGGACCCCAAGUUCGACUCGGUCAACUUGGAGGAAGCCUGCCUGGAGCGCUGCUUCCCGCAGACGCGGCGCCGCUUCCGGUAUGCGCUCUCCUACCUCGGCCUCGCCUGCCUGCUCUGGAGCGUCUACUUCGCCGUCCACAUGCGGUCCAGGCUGGCGGUGCUGGCGGCCCCGGCCCUGUGCUUCCUCGCCGUGUGCGCCGGCGUCUUCCUGUUCACCUUCACCAAGCUGUACGCGCGGCAGUACGUGUGCACCGCGCUGGUCCUCACGCUCCUGGCCUUGGCGCUGACCCUGGCCGCGCAGUGGCAGGUCUCGGUGCCCCUCCCGGGCCGCGCCGACGGCUCCAAUCACUCCCGCGCCGCCCGGCCGCCGGACCCGUGCUUGUCGAGCGUGGGCAGCUUCUCCAUGUGCAUCGAGGUGCUCCUUCUGCUCUACACCGUCAUGCACCUGCCUUUGUACCUGAGCUUGGCGUUGGGGGUGGCCUACUCGGUUCUCUUCGAGACCCUGGGCUACCAUUUCCGAGACGAGGGCUGCUUCCCCGCGGCCGCCGCGCCCGCCCUGCACUGGGAGCUGCUGAGCCGGGCCCUGCUGCACGUCUGCGUCCAUGCCAUCGGCGUCCACCUCUUCGUCAUGUCCCAGGUGCGAUCCAGGAGCACUUUCCUCAAGGUGGGGCAGUCCAUCAUGCAUGGCAAGGAUCUGGAGGUGGAGAAAGCCCUGAAAGAGAGGAUGAUCCACUCGGUGAUGCCGAGGAUCAUAGCGGACGACUUGAUGAAGCAGGGGGACGAGGAGAGCGAGAACUCGGUGAAGAGGCACGCCCCCUCGAGCCCCAAGAACCGGAAGAAGAAGUCCUUCAACCAGAAGGCCCCCAUCGCCUUCCGCCCUUUCAAGAUGCAGCAGAUCGAGGAGGUGAGCAUCCUGUUCGCGGACAUCGUGGGCUUCACCAAGAUGAGCGCCAACAAGUCGGCGCACGCGCUCGUGGGGCUGCUGAACGACCUCUUCGGGCGCUUCGACCGCCUGUGCGAGGAGACCAAGUGCGAGAAGAUCAGCACCCUCGGGGACUGCUACUACUGCGUGGCGGGCUGCCCCGAGCCGCGCGCCGACCACACCUACUGCUGCAUCGAGAUGGGGCUGGGCAUGAUCCGAGCCAUCGAGCAGUUCUGCCAGGAGAAGAAGGAGAUGGUGAACAUGCGCGUCGGCGUGCACACCGGCACCGUCCUCUGCGGCAUCUUGGGCAUGAGGCGGUUCAAGUUCGACGUGUGGUCCAACGACGUGAACUUGGCCAAUCUCAUGGAGCAGCUAGGGGUGGCCGGCAAGGUCCACAUCUCCGAGGCCACCGCCAAGUACUUGGACGACAGGUACGAGAUGGAAGACGGGAGAGUGAUGGAGCGUCUGGGGCAGAGCGUGGUGGCCGAGCAGCUGAAAGGUUUGAAGACAUACCUGAUCUCGGGCCAGAGGGCAAAGGUGCCCCCCUGCAGCUGCUCAGCGGCCGUGCCCCCCGGCCCCGAGGCCGCUCAGAGGCCACCGGGCACGGCAUCGCCAGCCAGCACCGGUGCCUCGGCCCCCGCGGCCAGAGCCUCGGACAACCACAAGAUCUGCCGCUCGUGUGGUACAUUUGCUCCCAAACCUGAAGCUGGAGCAGAAGGAGGAGCCGUCCAAAAUGGCUGUCAGGACGAGCAUAAAAACAGCACCAAGGCUCCCGGAGCAGCCGGUUCCAAAGCCCAGAACGGCCUGCUGGGCCCUCCGCGGGAGGAGAAGCUCACCACCAGCCAGACCUCCCUGUGUGAGAUCCUGCAGGAGAAGGGGCGCUGGGCCGGGGUGAGCCUGGACCAGUCCGCUCUCCUGCCGCUGAGGUUCAAGAACAUCCGGGAGAAAACAGAUGCCCACUUCGUGGAUGUCAUUAAAGAGGACAGCCUGAUGAAAGAUUAUUUUUUUAAACCACCCAUUAACCAGUUCAGCUUGAACUUCUUGGAUCAGGAGCUGGAACGAACCUACAGAACCAGCUACCAAGAGGAGGUCAUCCGGAACUCCCCCGUGAAGACUUUCGCCAGCGCCACCUUCAGCUCCCUGCUGGACGUGCUGCUGUCGGCCACGGUGUUCCUCACCCUCUCCGCCGCCUGCUUCCUCAAGUACGGGGCAGCCGCCACCUCCCCGCCGCCCGCCGCCCUGGCCGUCUUCGGCGCGGCCCUGCUGCUGGAGGUGCUGUCCCUCGUGGUCUCCGUCAGAAUGGUGUUUUUCCUGGAGGAUGUCAUGGCUUGCACGAAGCGCCUGCUGGAGUGGAUCGCCGGCUGGCUCCCGCGCCACCUCGUCGGAGCCGUCCUGGUGUCGCUGCCCGCCCUCGCCGUCUACUCCCACACCACCCCCGAGCUGCAGACGGACGUGCAGUUCGCCUCGUUCCUGUGCUCGGCCAGCCUCGUGGCCGUCGUGCAGUACUGCAACUUCUGCCAGCUCAGCUCCUGGAUGAGGUCCUCACUGGCCACCGUGGUCGGGGCCAGCACCCUGCUGCUGCUCUACGUCACCCUGUGUCCCGACAGUUCUAUAAUAAUUUCACACCUCGAUGAAGUAAAGAAUUUCAGUUCCGAGGGGAGUCCGUGCAACAGCUCGUUGCUGGAUGACCGCAGGAGGCCAGCCAGUCUGCUUGGCCAGGAGGUGGUCCUCGUCCUCGUCCUCCUGCUCUUGCUGGUCUGGUUCCUGAACCGGGAGUUCGAGGUCAGCUACCGCCUGCACUACCACGGGGACGUGGAAGCCGGCCUGCACCGCGCCAAGAUCCAGAGCAUGAGAGACCAGGCCGACUGGCUGCUGCGCAACAUCAUCCCCCACCAUGUGGCCGAGCAGCUGAAGGUCUCCCAGACCUACUCCAAGAACCACGACAGCGGGGGCGUGAUCUUUGCCAGCAUCGUCAACUUCGGCGAGUUCUACGAGGAGAACUAUGAGGGAGGCAAGGAGUGCUACCGGGUCCUCAACGAGCUCAUCGGGGACUUCGACGAGCUCCUGAGCAAGCCGGGCUACAGCAGCGUCGAGAAGAUCAAGACCAUCGGGGCCACCUACAUGGCCGCGUCGGGGCUGAACGCUGCCCAGCGCCAGGACGACGGCCACCCGCAUGAGCACCUGCAGAUCCUGUUCGAGUUUGCCAAGGAGAUGAUGCGCGUGGUGGAUGACUUCAACAACAACAUGCUGUGGUUCAACUUCAAGCUCCGGGUCGGCUUCAACCAUGGGCCCCUCACGGCAGGGGUCAUCGGCACCACCAAGCUGCUGUACGACAUCUGGGGGGACACGGUCAACAUCGCCAGCAGGAUGGACACCACCGGCGUCGAGUGCCGGAUCCAGGUGAGCGAAGAGAGCUACCGUGUCCUGAGCACGAUGGGCUACGACUUCGACUACAGAGGGACGGUGAACGUCAAGGGGAAGGGGCAGAUGAAGACCUACCUGUACCCUAAGUGCAUGGACAAUGGGGUCGUGCCACAGCACCAGCUGUCUAUCUCCCCAGACAUCCGGGUCCAGGUAGAUGGCAGCAUCGGCCGCUCGCCCACAGACGAGAUCACCAACCUGGUGCCCUCCAUGCAGAACCUGGAUAAGACGUCACUAGGUUCCGACAGUAGCUCACAGGCCAAGGAUUCACUCCCGUCUCCUAAGAGACUCUGGAAAGAGCCUUCCAGGGCAGAAGAGAGGUGUCCAUUGAGCAAAGCCUCAGAGAAAAGUGACUGCGAGGAGACAGGGCUGGAGGAAGCCAGUGAGCUCACCGGAGUUUUCCAGAGCGUGUGACGCAGCAUCCAAAGCUGCGUGAGGUGCUCCGCGUGUCGAGACACAAUCAUAUUUGUAUUUGGCCGCGGUGCUUUCGAGGUGUCAUGGCCUCCGUCCCCAAAGUGGCAAGCUGUUGCACCAGCCCUGGCUUCUGUGUGGAUCACACAGAUUACUUGGGGUUCAUCUCCAUCUGUUUCUUUCCUUUUGCUCCCCACCUCGGUGUGACCCCUUGAGCAAUGUGGAGGAUAACAAGUGCCUUCAGGGUCUGGCCUUGGCCUCAGGCCUGGGGAUGGAGGCCCCCUGGCCGAAAUCAUGCAUUGGGCAACCUUCGGCUUUCAGAACAAACGCUGUGGUCGAGAGAGCAUUUGUAUUGCUUUUUCUCACAAGACACUUUUUUUUUUUUUUUUGCUAAUACAGUGUUUUUUGAGGUUGAUUUUUUUCUGUAUACAUAAUAGUGUUUUACAGUUUCCUGACCUUUCCAUGUAAACACACAUGUACCACGCACACUAGCAUUUAGGAAACUGAUGGAGAGGGCCAGUCACUGAGAGGGGAGGUGAAGGGGCGUGGAUGGAGAGAAGCAGUUUGCCAGGAUGACCCGGCCCACAGCCGAAGCGCCCAUGAGCACUGCCCUGCAGGCCCCCUGGGGUCUGGGGCAGGGACCCUUUCCUGGCGCAUCGUGGUUUCCGGAGCCCAUCCACUGUCACGCGUGAGAUUUCAAAGGCGAUCCAGCAGCCUGGUUUGUGAACCCAGGCCUCGGGUGUUGAAAAGCCAUUUGCCAUCCUGUUGGUUACAGCCGAGGAAUCUUCUGGUUGGGAACAAAGGGGGUCAUCUCCAAAGCUGACUCGCCUGAGAAACUUGGAGCAGAUGUCUCGGGGGGGGAGCAUCUAUUUAUUUAUUUAUUUAUCAGGACACGCCCGUGUGUGUGUGUGUGUGCAUGUGUGCGCGUGUGUGGCAGACAGGGCGUGGGGCGGCUGGUUUCCUUGAAGGGCUCAGGAAGGGCCUGGCAGAACCAGAAGCCAGUGGCCAAGAGCCACCCCAGGCCUCUGGCACCCAGCAGGAUUUGUAGCCAAGCUGGGGUGGCUUCCCAGACAUUCAGCGUACUUUGGGUCAGAAAAACUCAACCCCCCUUUCCCAACAGAAUGGAACAGAAUGUCGCCACCGCCCAGGGCCUGUGGAGCCAAUGCUCCCCGCGCUCCUCCCAGGGAGCUGGGUUGUGGGGAGACCAGUGGGAAGUACCGGAAUCAGGCAUCAGACCAAAGCACAGGUGGGCAGGACCAGUGACCCCCUUUGCAGAUAUUCAAAACAUCCCUCGUUUUUUCCUGGUUUCAGCCUGCAGAGGCCUAUGGGUGGUGGGAUGUGGCCUCAUGAGCUCAUCCCAGCCCUCUUCGGACAUCCCUGCGCUGUAUUUGGGGACAGUGAUCUGUGUGCAGAUGUGCUUUGGGAGGUCUGGAAAAGCACUUCUUGACUUCUACUCCCACUGGCGGUUCCAUUCUGCCACAGCGAGCCUGGGGUCGAUGUAGAAAGGAACCUAGACCCGGGUGGGCUGGCCACAGUCAUUGUUAAGCCUCGCUAGGUGGAGACCCCACUCCUUACCCAAUGAGGUCCUCCCCAGCCAGCUUUCACGUGUCUUCCUUCCACUGUCAGCCCUUCCUGUUGCUUUCCACGGUCCCCUGGCCUCUGCCCUCCCCAAGCGCCCACAGACUCUGCAUGGUGGAACACCAUUCCCGGCCAGCUGGCACCCCCAGGACUGCAGCCAUGUCCCGAAUCUCGGCUCGAGAGCAGCUCAGGAACCGUUUCAGAUUCUCCUUGGCAUCUCCUGCCUGUGGUCUUCCAGGACUGAAGAAAGGAUGGUUGUGACAAUACCUCUUGCUUCUCAAGAAUGUAUUCUUAUAAAAUAUUGGAGAACUUUUACUUUUUUUCCCCAAGAAACACUACUUGAUGCUCCCUUGCACGGAGGGGUUUCCUCCUGUCAGUAUUAGGGGGUGGGGGUGCGUGCUGUCAGCUGCCUCGGCCCUCUGUCCUCAGGCUCUGUUGCUAGAGUGACGACAGAAGGGCCAGGCAACUGCCCACGUGUUGCUCCCCCAGCCCCAUCCUUGCUCUUCCACCUGAGUGGGCUUUACGGAGGUUUACGCCCUUGCACGCUUCUUCCCCACUGAGCCCUUUUCCUUCCCUUACCACUAAGGUGUCUGUGACCCUGACCCUGGGGACCCGGGAGAUGCAAACGUUAGGGAGAGAAUCCUUCCCACCUGGCAGUCGAGUUGGCCUCAGAGGAUGGGUGGUCCAGCCCACAUUUCAAACUGUCUUUAACAUCUGCCAGAGCCCCACUAAGCAGCCAGGACAGACGUUGCCCCUGGGCCACUCGGCCGCUCAGACCCUUCCCAGUUCCCUGCACUGAAGCAUACCUCACCGCAGAACCACAGAAUCUCUGCAACGGAAACAUUGGUUGGCAUUGACUGGAUGGACGCUGAAGACAGACAAGACAGGUUUCUGAGCAGUGCCCAGGUGCUCUCGAUGCGAGGGAGGCCAUACCUCGUUCCAACUUAGGGCAGAAAGCAAUACUUUGCAACUGAAUGUGUGUAAAUAGUUGUUUUGAGUUGCAAUUGCUCUUUUCUUCUUGACCCCAGGUCAGAUCAAAAUUUAUACAUGUAUAUAUAUAUAUAUAUAUAUAUAUAUAUAUAUAUAUAUAUGAUAAACAAGCACACACAGUUUCAUCCAAUACAAACAAAUGUGGAGCAGCAGUUACAAAACGCUUAAAGAGCUCCAAGUUUCCCAGAUUUUACACACCUGUGCAUGACUUGUCGCACAGACUUCACACAUGGCGAUCACACCUGCACAUGGCCCCUGACAAGGCGCCUGGGAAGGCAGCAUGCUUCCCACCACACGGGCUGGGAAUAAUACAUCAUUUCCAAAGAUCCAUCUGUAUUUGAAUUGAUCAGUUGCCAAGAUAGGUGUUUCCGAUGGGUUGUUUUGAAAUAAUCACAUCAUGCCUAGAAAUCUGAGAUUAAAUUAGCCAGAACAAGCUGCACUUUCUAUAUUUCUUUUGCUUGGCUAUUAUAAAAUUGUUAAUUCUAAUAAUUUCAAAAUGCAUCCACUGAAGAAAUGGACAUUAAAAUAUUCUUGAAUCUAAACGCUUGAUGCCUGGUACUUCCUGCUUGAAAAGAUAAGUGCUGCUCCAGAGGUCAGUCGUGGUUCCUCGUGCUCUCUGCCAUCUGUGACUGAAACAGGAAGAUUUGCUUUUCCUUCACGUCCUGACUUUGAAAACAGGGCAACUAGAGCUACCCUGUCUGUGUAUGUGUUUUUUUAACAGACGUACCUGACAAAGUUAACUUUGGUGACAAGUAUUUCUUUUUACAUGGAAUUUUUAAAAAUAAAAACUCAGGUUGCAGGACAA